AUGCGUCCUGCGAAAACAAAGACAGAUGUGAUCUGCAGGACGGGUCUGAUCAGAUUAAGACAGAUAUUUACAGUGCAAACACAACCCCCCCAGCGUACUGAAAUAUCAAGGUCCUUCUCAACAAGUUCUCCAUACUUCUUGAGGAUGGCUAGCUGCGGUGAUGUUGACCACUCAGUGAGUUCACUGCCAUCCAGUAAAAAAGGAACUGGUAACAACGCAGAGUCCCCAUGCUCUGGUUCCAGCACUGCAACUGCCUCCCUUCCUGUACCAGAAUGUGCCAUCUGUCUGCAGACUUGCAUACACCCAGUCCAGCUGCCGUGCCACCAUGUGUUCUGCUUCUUGUGUGUAAAGGGAGCAUCAUGGCAGAGCAAGCGCUGUGCUCUAUGUCGACAGGAAGUACCAGAUGAUUUUCUUGAAAGGCCAACACUGCUUUCUCCAGAGGAGCUCAAAGCGUCUGCGGGAAGCAGAAGCGGAGCAGGAAACGACCAUGCCUGGUACUAUGAGGGACGGAAUGGAUGGUGGCAGUAUGAUGAGCGAACCAGUCGUGAGCUGGAGGACGCUUUUUCUAAGGGUAAGAAAACAGCAGAGAUGCUUAUAGCAGGCUUCUUGUAUGUAGCCGACUUGGAAAAUAUGGUGCAGUAUCGUCGCAAUGAGCAUGGUCGUAGACGUAAAAUGAAGAGAGACAUUCUGGACAUCCCAAAGAAGGGUGUUGCAGGACUGCGCUUGGACACUGACAGUACCUCUGUGGAAGCCGGGGCAGUAGAAAGAGAGAGUUCAGCUGAUGGGGCAGACACAUCAGUAACAGGUGCACAGCUCUUAGCUCCACCCCUCCCCCUUAUUGUGAGACCCCCCACUUCACUGGGGGCUCAGCCUGGGAGCAGCAGCCCUUCACUGGAGGACGCUCUGUCACAGCUGCAGAUUAGCCCCAGACCCACACCAGCACCUGAGCGCUCAGAGCCUGGAGAGGAAGAGGAGGAGGAGACCUCUCCCUCCAGAUCAUCAGAGCCCCUCACAUCUGUUGACGAGUCAGGCUCUGGGGACUGGAGUGACGAUGAAGAUGAGGAAGACCAGGAGCAUGCAGAAUCUUGGGAGGACAGGCAGAGACGACAAAGACUGAGCCCAGAGGAUAGAGUCCCUCAUGGGGCUGCAUCCACAUCUCCUCCUUCGAGCGGCAGGUCUCGGAUGCCUGAUGGCCAGUGUACAGUGACUGAGGUGUAA